AUGCUUCAGGUUGAAAAACAAAGAACAAAAGUAGCAGAUACAAAACCGUUAGACUAUAUCUUUACAAAUGCUGGUAGGACUAUUUCAGAUGAAGAAAUUUCAUCCCGAGUAUACAGGUUUGACUAUCCAAUUCGUUGGCUUCAAAGUCCUUCAGAUGCAAAGGCAAUAGGAUUUAGAAGAGUUUUGUUUUCAAAUAGAACUAACGCAUUUAUGUUCGCAGUAUAUUUUCAUGGGCAGUAUAAAGGUUCUGAUGGUCUAAUAGACAAAUUUGACGAAAUGAGAAUCUUUACAGUUCGUUCAGACGAAAGUCUUGAGAAAACUCUAAAUGACUUUCAAACUCAAAUGAACAAAUAUUAUUGGGAAUUUCAAGAAAAAUACGACUCUUUACUAAAUGGAACAUACUAUCUGAAACUAGAAUAUGACAAGAUGAACUCCACCGUUUCAUUUCAAAAGAUUGAAAUUAACCCUCCAAGAGAUACAGAGUUUUUAUUUUGGAAGUAG